CCUCGAGCGCCUCCGUCCCCGCCGGCCCCUCGUGCUGGGGCGUGCCCGGGCUGUCCUCCACCCUCUCCGCAGGAGGGACUUGUGGAAAUGCCCAGGAAAGCCCGUGCCCACAAAGGCUGUCUGCAGACAGGUCUUUCUUUUUUCCAGGCUUUGCCGUAGGGAUUCUGGAGGAGAGCAGCUGUGUCCCGGGGCACAGGCUCGCGUCGACCGCCAGGCGUGGCUGAGACCCCGGGACCUUCGGAGUGGUGUUUUCGCACAGACCCGAAUCAGCCUGCCCCGCAGCGACGCGCUCAGCCCUCCUGAGAACAGGCUGAUAUGCCCAAGAUAGUCCUGAAUGGUGUGACCGUAGACUUCCCUUUCCAGCCCUACAAAUGCCAGCAGGAGUACAUGGCCAAGGUCCUGGAGUGUCUGCAGAAGAAGGUGAAUGGCAUCCUGGAGAGCCCCACAGGCACAGGGAAGACGCUGUGCCUCCUGUGCACCACCCUGGCCUGGCGAGAACACCUCCGAGACACCAUCUCUGCCCGCAAGAUUGCCGAGAGGAUGCAAGGGGAGCUUUUCCCAGAUCGGGCCUUGUCAUCCUGGGGCAGUGCUGCUGCUGCUGAUAGAGACCCCAUAGCUUGCUACACGGACAUCCCAAAGAUCAUUUACGCCUCCAGGACCCACUCGCAACUCACCCAGGUCAUCAGCGAGCUUCGGAACACCUCCUACCGGCCUAAGGUGUGUGUGCUGGGCUCCCGGGAGCAGCUGUGCAUCCACCCUGAAGUGAAGAAGCAGGAGAGUAACCACAUGCAGAUCCACUUGUGUCGAAAGAAGGUUGCAAGUCGUUCCUGUCAUUUCUACAACAACGUGGAAGAGAAGAGCCUGGAGCAGGAGCUGGCCAGCCCCAUCCUGGACAUCGAGGACUUGGUCAAGAGCGGAAGCAGGCACAGGGUGUGUCCUUACUACCUGUCCCGGAACCUGAAGCAGCAGGCCGACAUCAUCUUCAUGCCGUACAAUUACUUGUUGGAUGCCAAGGUGGGGGCUCAGUCUGUGCAUCUAGUGACUCCUGAUGUCCAGGGGACAGUUGUGUUUGGACCUGCUUGUGACCUGGAGAAGAUGUGUGAAGAAUCGGCAUCAUUUGACCUUACCCCCCAUGACCUGGCUUCAGGACUGGACGUCAUAGACCGGGUGCUGGAGGAGCAAACCAAGGCAGCGCAGCAGGGCGAUCCCCACCCGGAGUUCAGCGCGGACACCCCCAGCUCAGGACUGAACAUGGAGCUGGAAGACAUUGCAAAGCUGAAGAUGAUUCUGCUCCGCCUGGAGGGGGCCAUCGAUGCCAUUGAACUGCCUGGAGACAACAGUGGAGUCACCAAGCCAGGGAGCUACAUCUUUGAGCUGUUUGCUGAAGCCCAGCUCACGUUUCAGACCAAGGGCUGCAUCCUGGACUCGCUGGACCAGAUCAUCCAGCACCUGGCAGGACGUGCUGGAGUGUUCACCAACACAGCUGGACUGCAGAAGCUGGCGGACAUCAUCCAGAUCGUGUUCAGUGUGGACCCCUCUGAGGGCGGCCCUGGUUUCCUGGAGGGGCUGGGGGCCUUACGGUCCUAUAAGGUACACAUCCAUCCUGAUGCCGGUCACCGGAGGGCAGCUCAGCGGUCUGACGCCUGGAGCACCACUGCAGCCAGAAAGCCAGGGAAGGUGCUGAGCUACUGGUGCUUCAGUCCUGGCCACAGCAUGCGCGAGCUGGUCCGCCAGGGCGUCCGCGCCCUGAUCCUCACCAGCGGCACGCUGGCCCCGGUGUCCUCCUUUGCCCUGGAGAUGCAGAUCCCUUUCCCAGUCUGCCUGGAGAACCCACACAUCAUUGACAAGCACCAGAUCUGGGUAGGGGUCGUCCCCAGAGGCCCGGACGGAGCCCAGUUGAGCUCUGCGUUUGACAGGCGGUUUUCUGAGGAGUGCCUGUCCUCCCUGGGGAAGGCUCUGGGCAACAUCGCCCGCGUGGUCCCCUGCGGGCUCCUCGUCUUCUUCCCUUCUUAUCCCGUCAUGGAAAAAAGCCUGGAGUUCUGGCGGGCCCGAGACUUGGCCAGGAAGAUAGAGGCACUGAAGCCACUGUUUGUGGAACCCAGGAGCAAAGUCAGCUUCUCUGAGACCAUUAGUGCUUACUACGAGAGGGUCACCGCUCCCGGGUCCACCGGCGCCGCCUUCCUGGCUGUGUGCCGGGGCAAGGCCAGCGAGGGGCUGGACUUCUCAGACACGAAUGGCCGUGGUGUGAUCAUCACGGGCCUCCCAUACCCCCCGCGCAUGGAUCCCCGGGUUGUCCUCAAGAUGCAGUUCCUGGAUGAGAUGAAGGGCCAGGGUGGGGCUGGGGGCCAGUUUCUCUCUGGGCAGGAAUGGUACCGGCAGCAGGCGUCCAGGGCUGUGAACCAGGCCAUCGGGCGAGUGAUCCGGCACCGCCAGGACUACGGGGCUGUCUUCCUCUGUGACCACAGGUUCGCCUUUGCCGAUGCCAGAGCCCAGCUGCCCUCCUGGGUACGCCCCCAUGUCAGGGUGUACGACAACUUUGGCCACGUCAUCCGAGACGUGGUCCAGUUCUUCCGUGUUGCUGAGCGAAGUAUGCCAGCACCGGCCCCCCGGGCUGCAGCAUCCAGCUUGAGUGAGAAAGAUGAUGAUGUCAGGGUGGCCAAGUCGCCUGGCGCCCUCCUUUCCACCAGGAAAGCUAAGAGUCUGGACCUGCAUGUCCCCAGCCUGAAGCAGAAGCCCUCAGGGUCGCCAACUGUUGAGGACCCCGAGGGCAGCCUGUGUGUGGAGUAUGAGCAGGAGCCUGUCCCUGCCGGGCAGAGGCCCAAAGGGCUGCUGGCUGCCCUGGAGCACAGCGAGCAGCAGGCUGGGGGCCCCGGCGAGGAGCAGGCCCACAGGCACUCCACCCUGUCCCUCCCACCUGAGAAGAGGCUGGCAGAGGAGCCACGAGCAGGGAGGAGGAAGAUCCGGCUGGUCAGCCACCCGGAGGAGCCCGUGGCUGGUCCACAGGUGGACAGGGCCAAGCUCUUCAUGGUGGCUGUGAAGCAGGAGCUGAGCCAGGCCAACUUUGCCACUUUCACCCAGGCCCUGCAGGACUACAAGGGCUCCGAUGACUUCACUGCCCUGGUGGCCUGUCUCCGCCCCCUCUUUGCUGAGGACCCCAAGAAGCACAGCCUGCUCCAAGGUUUCUACCAGUUUGUGAGGCCCCACCACAAGCAGCAGUUUGAGGAGGUUUGCAUCCAGCUAACAGGACGAAGCUGUGGCUAUCGGCCUGAGCACAGCAUUCCCCGAAGGCAGCGGGCACAGCCAGCUCUGGACCCCACUGGAAGGAUGGCACCGGAUCCCAAGCUGACCCUGUCCAAGGCUGCGGCCCAGCAGCUGGACCCCAGAGAGCACCUGAACCAGGGCGGGCCCCACCUGACCCCCACACCACCCCCCAAAGGGGACCCUGAUGGCCACCCACAGUGGGGGUCUGGAGCACGCAGAGCAGGGAAGCAGGGCCAGCGCGCCGUGAGUGCCUACCUGGCAGAUGCCCGCCAGGCCCUGGGGUCUGCAGGCUGUAGCCAGCUCCUGGCAGCGCUGAGAGCCUACAAGCAGGAUGACGACCUGGACAAGGUGCUGGCCGUGCUGGCUGCCCUGACCACUGAGAGGCCCGAGGACUUCCCCCUGCUGCAGAGGUUCAGCAUGUUCGUGCGUCCACACCACAAGCAGCACUUCUUGCAGACGUGCACAGACCUGACUGGCUGGCCCCACAGGGGUACAGAGCUGCCGGGACCCCAGGAGGAGAGCCUUGGCAUGCCUCCUGUGCUCGCUCACCGGACUCGCCGACCAGGCCCCUCAUGGCCAGAGAAGGCCGGGAAGACGCAGAGCAAGAUCUCGUCCUUCCUUAGACAGAGGCCGGCGGGGGCCGUGGAGGCGGACGGUUCAGCGGCAGGGCCCAGCCAGUCCUCCAGACCUCCCCACGGGCCUGCAGCAUCUGAGUGGGGUGAGCCUCAUGGGAGAGGCCUCGCUGGGCAGCAGGCCGCGGGAGCUCCGGGAGGAGGGCCCCUCUCAGCGGGCUGUGUGUGUCGGGGCUGCAGGGCGGAGGACGUGGUGCCCUUCCGGUGCCCUGCCUGUGACUUCCAGCGCUGCCAGGCCUGCUGGCAACGGCACCUUCAGGCCUCUAGAACGUGCCCAGCCUGCCACAACGCCUGCAGGAGGCAGAGCAUCAUGCAGGUCUUCUGGCCGGAGCCCCAGUGAGUGCCCAUGGAGGCCGUCAGCACGCCCAAUGUGGCUUGAUCAACUGCUUGUCCAGCUCCAGUGGGCCAAGAACCCACCCAACAGAACAGGCCCACCUGUGCCUGCCUGGCCUGUUGCAGGUGCCCGGCAGGCGGGGCCCAUGGUUGGUCACUGCAGUGGAGCAAGAUCUGGACUUGCCUCUGAGAAGCCCUGAGCUACCUUAGGGUCUGGGGUGGGUUUCUGGGAAAGUGUUUCCCAGAACUUUCCCUGGCUCCUAGCCUGUGAGUGGUACCCAAGAGGCGUCCCAGCUGAGCCCCUGACAGGAAGGAGGCCCCUGUGGGCAUGUGUCCAUUUUUAUUUGGGACAGGGCUCUCUAAUAAAACUGCUGGCAGUGCCCA